UUUGUCUUUCAAUUUGUUGCAGGUGCAGCCUGCUAAUGAACUCUCCCUUUGCCCUGACCAUGAAAGAGAGAGGAGACCUCAGGUAGCAGCAUGGCUUGCAGCUGAAGGCUUUGGGAACUUGAUGCUCAGUUGCCAAAAGGCAGAGUCAGACAGAAAUCUUUGCCUGCGAGUGCCUCGCCAGCGCUGCAAGACACGGAGGGAGAAGCAGCAAGGCCAGCGCUGCUCCUCUCAAGCCCCUGACCACCCAGCAUCCUGCUGGGACCACUGCGGAUCUUGCCACCCAACGUGUUUAUGUUUUGGGAGGAAGGAAUUCUAGCUCCAAAGAGUCUCUCUUGUCAGAGUUGUACUGAUGACCAGAUGCUGUAUUUAUUUUAUGUACUAACGUUCAAAAGCCCCAAGAAUUAUUUAAGGCAGAUCACAAUUUAAGGCACUUUCCACAGCGACGCAUUUACAGCAGACAAGAAAGUUGAGGAAAACCUGAUCCAGCACCAUCUCACAGCCUCUCCAAUUUGCCCUAUCAAAUUUCAUCAGCAACUCAGAACAUGAUCUUUCUAUUGAUUGACUGGAGUCACCUCUAGAUAUUUUCAUGCUGGUUUGGAAGCUGUUUCAGUACAAUAAAAGGGGGGGGGGGAAAUGAGAUUAAGGAAGACUUCUGACCACUGAUCAGCAACUCCAGCCAAAACUUUCCCAGUCGAGUGAUUUGCAAAGUUGGCUUCUGUAUCAAGAAAACUUUCCACAUCCAAAUACAGCGUGCAGAGUGGGAUCAUUCCUGUUACCGUCUGGAUCUCCUUCGACUGGAUCAUUUUUAGAUGAGGAGUUUCCAUGCUGAUCCCGAGAGCAACCCCUAGCCCAGUAGCUGCCUUCCUCGGGACUUUCGGUGCUGCCCUCGCCCAGGGGUCCCGCACUUGGCCGCAGCUGCCAUGCUCUACCUGGUUGCUCUCCUCUUGCACUGUCUCCCCUUGGCCAUGGGACAGUAUGACAUUUGCAAGUCCUGGGUGACCACGGACGAUGGCCCGUCAUGGGAGUUCUAUGCUUGUCAACCCAAGGCCAUGCGGAUGAAGGAUUAUGUGACGGUACGGGUGGAUCCGGCAGGAAUCACUUGUGGGGACCCACCGGAGAGGUUCUGCACCCAUGAGAACCCGUACCUGUGCAGCGAUGAGUGUGAUGCCUCCAACCCGGACCUGGCCCACCCGCCAAAACUCAUGUUCGACAGUGAGGACGAAGGUCUGGCCACGUACUGGCAGAGCGUGACAUGGCGCCGGUACCCGGAGCCGCUGUUGGCCAACAUCACGCUGUCCUGGAACAAGAGCAUCGAGCUGACAGAUGACAUCGUGAUAACCUUUGAGUAUGGCCGACCCACCAUCAUGAUGCUGGAGAAGUCGCUGGACAACGGGAGGACUUGGCACCCGUACCAAUAUUACGCAGAUGACUGCAUGGAGGCCUUCAGCAUGCCAGCACGGAGGGUCCGAGACCUCUCCACCACCAGUGCCAACAGGGUCCUCUGCACAGAGGAGUAUUCCCGCUGGGCGGGCUCCAAAAAGGAGAAGACUGUCCGGUUCGAGGUGAGGGACCGCUUUGCCAUCUUUGCUGGCCCUGACCUCAAGAACAUGGACAACUUGUACACCCGUCUGGAGAGCGCCAAAGGGCUCAAAGACUUCUUUACUGUGACCGACCUGCGGAUGAGGCUGCUGAGACCGGCCCUGGGGGGCACCUACGUGCAGAGGGAGAACUUGUACAAGUACUUCUAUGCUGUCUCCAACAUUGAAGUCACCGGCAGGUGUAAAUGCAACCUCCAUGCCAACCUGUGCACCUUCAAAGAGGGCAGCCUUCAGUGCGAGUGCGAGCACAACACCACGGGGCAGGACUGCGGCAAGUGCAAGAAGAAUUUUCGCUCCAGGUCUUGGCGAGCAGGAUCCUACCUGCCUCUCCCCAACGGGUCCCCCAAUGCAUGUGCAGCUGCAGGCUCAGCCUUUGGCACGUAUGAGCGACGGCAGCGGGUCGUCACUGCAAAAUCCACCACAGCAAAAACGACCACCACCACACCAGCAACCACCACCAGCACCCCCCUAGCUGCCACCACCACCCAGCCAGCAAGCAGCAUCAGACCAGCCUCUGAGUUCACUGCCUCUGUGCCCGUGAGAGCAACACAGAAAAAAACAGACUACACCGGCUUGUCAGCGGCUGCCCCGCUGCAAGCGGGCAAGGCUGGCCCCGGAGCAGAAGCUGUUCAGAGCCCACCAAACACAGCAGCACUUGGACCCAAGCUGAAGCCACUAGAUCCUCCUGAGAACAUCCGAGCGGCUCCGAAGAGCAAAGCAGGGCGCACAGCACACUCUGCAGGCAAGAGGCAUGGGAAGAAGCCAGCAUCCUCAAAGAGCUCAAAACUCAUCCGACUUGAACCAGACUCUGGCCCAGUGGCUCCUAUUGAAACAUAUAAAGACUGCGAGUGCUACGGCCACUCCAACCGCUGCAGCUACAUCGACUUCCUGAACGUGGUGACCUGCGUGAGCUGCAAGCACAACACGAGGGGCCAGCACUGCCAGCACUGCCGCCUGGGCUUCUACCGCAACAGCUCGGCAGAGCUGGAUGAUGAGAAUGUAUGCAUAGAAUGUAACUGCAACCAGAUCGGCUCCAUGCACGACCGCUGCAACGAGACCGGCUACUGUGAAUGCAAAGAAGGUGCCACAGGGCCCAAGUGCGACGACUGCCUGCCCAACUACUACUGGAGACAGGGCUGCUUCCCCAAUGUCUGCGAUGACGAGCUCUUGCUCUGCCAGAACGGCGGCACCUGCUACCAGAAUCAGCGCUGCAUCUGCCCUGUGGGCUUCAAGGGGGUCCUGUGCCAGCAAUCCAGGUGUGAAGCUGACAAAAAAGACUGCAACGGUGGCCCCAGCGUGCACGGCAGCCUCGGCACCAUCCUCCUCGGGGUGCUCGCCCUCCAGCUGCGCGGCUGGGUGGACCUCUGAAGCCACAGAGGAGGGAGCCCAGCCCAGGCACGUCACCCGAGGGCCCUGGGGAGACUAAGGUAACAGGUGGCUCUCCCCACCGUCUCCUCCGCCUUCCUUCACGUUAGGACUUGCACAACGUCUUUUGGUCCACUUUCCAAGCAGAGAGGUAUGCAGAAAAAAUCAGGGGCUGACUCCUGCUCACAAACCCAGCCCGGCAGCAGCCGGGGUGGCCGCAGCGCGGAGCCGGCUGCCGAGCAGCGGUGCGGGGACUGCACCAGCCUGUGCCGGGGCCACGGUCCCACAGACCCGCGUGGCCACGGGGCCCGUCCUUCCCUCUGUGCAGUGACUCCUUCCCUGCUCCGCACAGGGCGACCUGGGGCCAGGGCCACCGGGGCCCUGAGGAAAUAGUGCCGCGAUCUAAGGGAUAUUUUUUUUAUUAUUACUUUAUUUACUUUGGUAUAGGCUGGGGUGUUCUUAUUUUUCCUCUUCUUAGUGUCCUGUUUUGAAAGAGCCUGUCAUGACAACUCCAGAGCCCCAUAACACAACAGGCAGGGGAAGGGGAGGGAGGGAAGGGGGGACUCUGGUCCAUCCUUGCUGCAUAGUCCCACGUCCCACCAUCGGCCUGGCCUGGCCACGCACAUACUGUUGCCUACAACUCUAGUUGCUGCAUUGAUUUUGUAUAUUCAUUGCUGGAUUUUGUUUUCUUGCACUUACGGAGAACGCAGGGGCCAUUAGGCAUAUGGUACGUGAGGAGUGCAGUGUCUUAUCCACACAUGUCCGUAGAGUGUACGGUUCAAAUACUUUUUUUGGUAGAGACUUAUUUUUGUUUGGAUUAAAUGUUAUAAAAGAACCACAACUUAAAGGGACAUUUUGCCAUGAGCAUUUGAUUCUGGUGUAUCCUCCUCCAGUAAAGCAACUAUUAAUGGCUGCUUGAUCACCACGUUUUCCUUUUUGUGUGCACAGUUAAUUACAGGUAAAGACUUAUUUUUUGAUUCAUAA